AUGUCCAAGGAGCUUCUUCUCUUCUGGCUGGUGACAGAGCUCUGGUGUCUUUAUCUGACACCAGCUGCCUCCCAGGAUAUAGUAACAGGGUUUUUGGGCCAGUCGGUGACUUUGCCUUGUCGGCACACAUCCUGGUCCAGGAACCGCAACAGCAUGUGCUGGGGCAAAGGUGCAUGUCCCAAUUCCAAGUGCAACCAGGAGCUUCUCCACACAGAUGGAACAAAAAUCAUCUCCAGGAAGUCGUCCAAAUAUGCACUUAGGGGGAGUAUCUGGCAGGGUGAUGUGUCCUUGACCAUCUCAAACACCAAUCAAGAGGACAGUGGGGUGUACUGCUGCCGUAUAGAGGUGCCUGGCUGGUUCAAUGAUGUCAAGAAGACUGUGCGCCUGGAGCUGAGGAGAGCCCCAACAACCCCCAAACCAACAACCACCACAAGACCAACAACUACCACAAGACCAACAACCACUCCUUACUUGACCACCACCACAACAGAGCUUCCAACAACAGUCAUGACCACAUCUGACCUCACAACUGCAACACCACCCCAGCCACUGGCCACCAUUGUCCUCACUACAGCAGUAACUACAUGCCCCUCAACAACACCUAGCUCCUUCUCACAAGAAACCACAAGUUUUUCAAACUCUGAGAUCUUCACCAAAGGGUCUGCCAUCACUGCAGAAUCAGAAACUCUUUCUUCAUCCAAGCACUCUCAAAGAAGCAUGGUGACCAUGUCUGCAGACACAGCCUUACUCAUACCCACAGGGUCCCAAGCUUGGGUUCUUUCAUUAACUUCACAGCAGAUGACACAGAAAACUGCAUUAGCCACAAGGGAACCUCAGUGGAGAAAGGUUGCAUCAAACCAGAGCAACAGACAGACCAACAUCUUGAUCAUUGCUUGCUGCGUGGGGUUUGUGCUAAUGGUGUCAAUAUUUCUGGCAUUUCUCCUUCGAGGGAGAGUCACAGCAGCCAAUUGUUUGCAGAGACACAAGAGGCCAGACAACCUUGAAGAUCGUAAAAGUGUCCUCAAUGACAUGUCACAUGCACAGGAUGAUGAAGACGGAAUCUUUACUCUUUAA